CCUCUCUCCCUCUUCCCAGCCUCUUCUCCCAUCCUCUCUUCCUGCUCUCUUUGCUCUGCUCAUCACUUUCCCCCGGUUUUUUUUUUUUUUCCUCCCUUCCUCCCCUCUGCCUCCCUCCACCUCCCCCCUUUCUUUUUUGCUGAAUCUUAUUGAUCCAGAAGGUGGCUAAUUAGCCCUUCCCGUCGUGCCUGGGUCCGAUCCGUACUGGGUGCAAUGAAAGCUCCACGCAGGCCUUACCAUGGAAGGCUGUGACUCGCCCGUCGUCUCGGGGAAGGACAAUGGGUGCGGGAUCCCUCCGCACCAGCAAUGGACUGAACUCAACAGCGCCCACCUCCCCGACAAACCCAGUAGCAUGGAGCAGCCCGCAGGCGAGAGCCACGGGCCCCUGGACGGCCUGAGGGCCCCCUUCCCUGAGCGCCUGGCGGAGGGCGCGGGCCCGGUCGCGCCUCCCGCCGAGCCCGCCAGCAAGGAGGUGAGCUGCAGCGAGUGCUCGGCCUCCUUCGCCAGCCUGCAGACCUACAUGGAGCACCACUGCCCCGGCGCGCGCCCCGCGCCGCCCCUGCGGGAGGAGAGCGCCAGCGACACCGGCGGCGAGGAGGGCGACGAGGAGAGCGACGUGGAGAACCUGGCGGGGGAGAUCGUGUACCAGCCCGACGGCUCCGCCUACAUUGUGGAGAGCCUGAGCCAGCUGAGCGGGGGCGCCGGCGCGGGGGGCGGCGCGGGCGGCAGCGGCAGCAGCGGCAGCAGCAGCAGCAGCAGCGGGCCCCUCGCCUCGCUCUUCCUGGGCUCGCUGCCCGGGGCGGCGGCGGCGGCGUCGGGCCCGCCGGGGGAGUCGUCGGCGUGCGCCGCGCCUGGCUACCCGCAGAUCAUCAACACCUUCCACAUAGCCUCAUCCUUCGGGAAGUGGUUCGACGGCCCAGACCAGGCUUUCCCGAAUACCUCAGCCCUGGCGGGGCUCAGCCCCGUCCUGCACAGCUUCCGCGUUUUCGACGUGCGACACAAAAGCAACAAGGAUUACCUGAACAGCGACGGCUCUGCCAAGAGCUCCUGCGUAUCCAAAGAUGUCCCCAACAAUGUGGACCUGUCCAAGUUCGACGGCUUCGUGCUCUACGGCAAGAGGAAGCCCAUCCUGAUGUGCUUCCUGUGCAAGCUCUCCUUCGGGUACGUCCGCUCCUUCGUGACCCACGCGGUGCACGACCACCGUAUGACCCUGAGCGAGGACGAGCGGAAAAUUCUUAGCAAUAAGAACAUCUCCGCCAUCAUCCAGGGCAUCGGCAAGGACAAGGAGCCCCUCGUGAGCUUUCUGGAACCAAAAAACAAGAACUUCCAGCACCCCCUGGUUUCCACAGCCAACCUCAUGGGCCCCGGACACAGCUUCUACGGCAAGUUCAGCGGCAUCCGCAUGGAAGGGGAGGAGGCCGGCCCCACCGGCCCGGCCUCCUCGGGCCCCGAGCAGCCCCAGGCCGGGCUCUUGACCCCCGGCACCCUCUUGAACCUUGGCGGGCUCACCAGCUCAGUCCUGAAGACGCCCAUUACCUCAGUCCCCCUGGGGCCUCUGGCUUCCAGCCCUGGCAGAUCCUCAGAGGGCAAGGACUCCGGGGCGGCCGAAGGGGAGAAGCCAGACGCGGGCGACGCCGACUGCUUCUCGGAGAAGGCAGAGCCGGCUGAGGAGGAGGCAGAGGAGGAGGAGGAGGAAGAAGAGGCGGAGGAGGAGGAGGAGGAAGAGGAGGAGGAGGAGGAGGAGGAAGAGGAGGAGGAAGACGACGAGGGGUGCAAAGGACUCUUUCCGAGUGAGUUGGACGACGACCUGGAGGACAGGCCCCACGAGGAGUCUGGAGCCGCGGCGGGCGGUAGCGGCCAAAAGGACCUUGCUCUCUCAAACCAAAGCAUUUCUAACUCCCCCCUAAUGCCUAACGUGCUCCAGAGCCUGUCGAGGAGCACGGCUUCUACUAGUUCUAAUUCCGCUUCUUCCUUUGUUGUCUUUGAUGGUGCGAACAGGAGGAAUCGUUUAAGCUUUAACAGUGAGGGCGUCAGGGCCACCGUGGCAGAGGGCGGCAGGAGGCUGGACUUCGCCGACGAAAGUGCCAAUAAAGACAAUGCCACAGCACCAGAACCAAAUGAAAGCACAGAGGGUGAGGACGGGGGCUUCGUCCCCCAGCACCAGCACGCUGGCUCCCUCUGUGAGCUUGGGGUCGGGGAGUGCCCCUCGGGGAGCGGUGUGGAGUGCCCCAAGUGCGACACGGUCCUGGGCUCCUCCCGCUCCCUGGGCGGCCACAUGACCAUGAUGCAUUCUCGUAACUCAUGUAAGACACUCAAGUGCCCCAAGUGCAACUGGCACUAUAAGUACCAGCAGACGCUGGAGGCACACAUGAAGGAGAAGCACCCGGAGCCGGGGGGCUCCUGCGUCUACUGCAAGAGCGGGCAGCCCCACCCCCGGCUGGCGCGAGGCGAGAGCUACACGUGUGGUUACAAGCCUUUCCGCUGCGAGGUGUGUAACUACUCCACAACUACCAAAGGCAACCUCAGUAUUCAUAUGCAGUCCGACAAGCAUCUCAACAACAUGCAGAACCUGCAGAACGGAGGUGGGGAGCAGGUGUUCAGCCACUCGGCCGGGGCGGCGGCGGCGGCGGCGGCUGCAGCAGCCGCGGCGGCCAACAUCGGCGGCGCCUGCGGGGCCCCCUCGCCCACCAAACCAAAAACCAAGCCCACCUGGCGCUGCGAGGUGUGCGACUACGAGACCAACGUGGCCAGGAACCUGCGCAUCCACAUGACCAGCGAGAAGCACAUGCACAACAUGAUGCUGCUGCAGCAGAACAUGACCCAGAUCCAGCACAACCGGCACCUGGGCCUCGGCAGCCUGCCUGCGCCCGCCGAGGCCGAGCUCUACCAGUACUACCUGGCCCAGAACAUGAACCUGCCCAACCUGAAGAUGGACAGUGCCGCCUCCGACACCCAGUUCAUGAUGAGCGGAUUCCAGCUGGACCCCGCAGGGCCCAUGGCCGCCAUGACGCCUGCUCUAGUGGGCGGUGAGAUCCCCCUAGACAUGCGGCUCGGGGGCGGGCAGCUGGUGUCGGAGGAGCUGAUGAACCUGGGCGAGAGCUUCAUCCAGACCAACGACCCGUCGCUGAAGCUCUUCCAGUGUGCCGUCUGCAACAAGUUCACGACGGACAAUCUGGACUUGCUGGGGCUGCACAUGAACGUGGAGCGCAGCCUCUCGGAGGACGAGUGGAAGGCCGUGAUGGGGGACUCCUACCAGUGCAAGCUGUGCCGCUACAACACCCAGCUCAAGGCCAACUUCCAGCUGCACUGCAAGACGGACAAGCACGUGCAGAAGUACCAGCUGGUGGCCCACAUCAAGGAGGGCGGCAAGGCCAACGAGUGGAGGCUCAAGUGCGUGGCCAUCGGCAACCCUGUGCACCUCAAGUGCAAUGCCUGUGACUACUACACCAACAGCUUGGAGAAACUGCGGCUGCACACGGUCAACGCCAGGCAUGAGGCCAGCCUUAAGUUGUACAAGCACCUGCAGCAGCACGAGAGCAGCGUGGAGGGCGAGAGCUGCUACUACCACUGCGUCCUGUGCAACUAUUCCACCAAGGCCAAGCUCAACCUCAUCCAGCACGUGCGCUCCAUGAAGCACCAGCGCAGCGAGAGCCUGCGCAAGCUGCAGCGGCUGCAGAAGGGGCUCCCGGAGGAGGACGAGGACCUGGGGCAGAUCUUCACCAUCCGCAGGUGCCCCUCGACCGACCCAGAGGAAGCCAUUGAAGAUGUUGAAGGGCCCAGUGAGACGGCUGCUGAUCCGGAGGCACUUGCUAAAGACCAGGAGAGUGGAGGCGAGAAAGACCAGAGCAAGUGGACAGCAUCAUCCAGCCAAGCAGAGAAGGAGCUGACAGAUUCUCCUGCAGCCUCCAAACGCAUCUCCUUCCCUGGCAGUUCGGAGUCUCCCCUCUCUUCAAAGCGACCCAAAACAUCGGAGGAGAUCAAACCGGAACAGAUGUACCAGUGCCCCUACUGCAAGUACAGCAAUGCUGACGUCAACCGGCUCCGAGUCCAUGCCAUGACCCAGCACUCGGUGCAGCCCAUGCUCCGCUGCCCCCUGUGCCAGGACACGCUCAACAACAAGAUCCACCUCCAGCUGCAUCUCACCCACCUCCACAGCGUGGCGCCGGACUGCGUGGAGAAGCUGAUCAUGACGGUGACCACCCCCGAAAUGGUGAUGCCCAGCAGCAUGUUUCUCCCUGCAGCUGUUCCAGAUCGAGAUGGGAGUUCCAAUUUGGAAGAGGCAGGAAAGCAGCCUGAAACCUCAGAGGAUCUGGGAAAGAACAACGUGCCAUCUGCGAGCUCAGAGCACGGUGGGGACUUGAAACCCUCUCCUGCUGACCCCAGCUCUGUGAGAGAAGACUCAGGCUUCCUGUGCUGGAAGAAGGGGUGCAACCAGGUUUUCAAAACUUCCGCCGCCCUUCAGACGCAUUUCAAUGAGGUGCACGCCAAGAGGCCUCAGCUGCCUGUGUCAGAUCGUCAUGUGUACAAGUAUCGCUGUAAUCAGUGCAGCCUGGCUUUCAAGACCAUCGAAAAGUUGCAACUCCAUUCUCAGUACCACGUGAUCAGAGCCGCCACCAUGUGUUGUCUUUGCCAGCGCAGUUUCCGAACUUUCCAGGCUCUGAAAAAGCACCUUGAGACGAGCCAUCUGGAGUUGAGUGAGGCUGACAUACAGCAGCUUUAUGGUGGCCUUCUGGCUAAUGGGGACCUCCUGGCAAUGGGGGACCCCACCCUGGCGGAGGACCACACCAUCAUUGUCGAGGAAGAUAAAGAGGAAGAGAGUGACUUGGAAGAGAAACAGAGUCCGACAGGCAGCGACUCUGGGUCGGUACAAGAAGACUCAGGCUCAGAGCCAAAGAGAGCACUACCUUUCAGAAAAGGCCCCAAUUUCACCAUGGAGAAGUUUCUAGACCCUUCUCGCCCUUACAAGUGUACUGUUUGCAAGGAAUCUUUCACUCAAAAGAAUAUCCUGCUAGUGCACUACAAUUCUGUCUCCCAUCUACAUAAGUUAAAGAGAGCUCUUCAAGAAUCAGCAACAGGUCAGCCAGAACCCACUAGCAGCCCAGACAACAAACCUUUUAAGUGUAACACUUGUAAUGUGGCCUAUAGCCAGAGUUCCACUCUGGAGAUCCACAUGAGGUCUGUACUGCAUCAAACCAAGGCCCGGGCAGCCAAGCUGGAGGCUGCAAGUGGCAGUAGCAACGGGACUGGGAACAGCAGUAGUGUCUCCCUGAGCUCCUCCACACCCAGUCCUGUGAGCACCAGCGGCAGUAACACCUUUACCACCACCAAUCCAAUCAGCACUGGCAUCACUCCGAGUUCCAAUUUACUGAGCCAAGUGCCCCCUGAGAGUGUAGGGAUGCCGCCCCUGGGGAAUCCCCUCGGGGCCAACCUCACUGCGCCUUCAGAGCCCAAGGAGGCCAAUCGGAAGAAGCUGGCAGAUAUGAUCGCGUCCAGGCAGCAGCAGCAGCAGCAGCAGCAAGCACAGACCCUGGCCCAGGCCCAGGCCCAAGUUCAAGCUCACCUGCAGCAGGAGCUGCAGCAGCAGGCUGCGCUCAUCCAGUCUCAGCUGUUUAACCCCACGCUCCUCCCUCAUUUCCCCAUGACUACCGAGACUUUGCUGCAGCUGCAGCAGCAGCAGCACCUGCUCUUCCCUUUCUACAUCCCCAGUGCUGAGUUCCAGCUCAACCCCGAGGUGAGCCUGCCGGUGACCAGCGGGGCGCUGACGCUGACGGGCACCAGUCCUGGCCUGCUGGAAGAUCUGAAGGCUCAGGUUCAGGUCCCACAGCAGAGCCACCAGCCGAUCCUGCAGCAGCAGCAGCAGCAACAGCAAAGCCAACUCUCUCUGUCCCAGAGUCACUCUGCCCUCCUCCAGCCAAGCCAGCAUCCCGAAAAGAAAAAUAAAUUGGUCAUCAAAGAAAAGGAGAAAGAAUGCCAGAAAGAGAGGGACGGUGCUGAGGGAGCAGAGGGCAGUGGGGGAGCAAGAGAGUCGCUGCCAGAUGCCUUGAAGCCCAAAGAGAAGAAAGAGUUGGCACCGGGGGCCAGUUCUGAGCCUUCCAUGCUGCCUCCACGCAUCGCCUCAGAUGCCAGAGGGAACGCCACCAAGGCCUUGCUGGAGAACUUUGGCUUUGAGCUGGUCAUUCAGUACAAUGAGAACAAGCAGAAGGCGCAGAAGAAGAAUGGGAAGACAGAGCAGGGAGAGAACUUGGAGAAGCUCGAGUGCGACUCUUGUGGCAAGCUGUUUUCCAACAUCUUGAUUUUAAAGAGUCAUCAAGAGCAUGUUCAUCAAAAUUACUUUCCCUUCAAACAGCUUGAGAGGUUUGCUAAACAGUACAGAGAGCACUACGAUAAACUGUAUCCCCUGAGGCCCCAGACCCCAGAGCCGCCGCCCCCUCCACCGCCACCCCCUCCGCCACCUCUCCCCGCGGCGCCUCCCCAGCCAGCCACUACGCCAGCCAUUCCCGUGUCGGCCCCGCCCAUCACUUCGCCUACCAUUGCCCCAGCCCAGCCGUCUGUGCCACUCACGCAGCUCUCCAUGCCCAUGGAGCUGCCCAUCUUCUCGCCGCUGAUGAUGCAGACGAUGCCGCUGCAGACUCUGCCGGCACAGCUGCCCCCUCAGCUCGGGCCUGUGGAGCCUCUGCCCGCAGACCUAGCGCAGCUGUACCAGCAUCAGCUCAAUCCCACCCUGCUCCAACAGCAGAACAAGAGGCCGCGCACCAGGAUCACAGAUGACCAGCUCCGGGUUCUGCGGCAAUAUUUUGACAUUAACAACUCUCCCAGCGAGGAGCAGAUCAAAGAGAUGGCGGAUAAGUCCGGCUUGCCCCAGAAGGUGAUCAAGCACUGGUUCAGGAACACUCUCUUCAAGGAGCGGCAGCGUAACAAGGACUCCCCGUACAACUUCAGCAACCCUCCCAUCACCAGCCUGGAGGAGCUUAAGAUAGACUCCCGGCCCCCUUCGCCGGAGCCUCAGAAGCAGGAGUACUGGGGCAGCAAGAGGUCCUCAAGAACAAGAUUUACUGACUACCAGCUGAGAGUCCUCCAGGAUUUCUUUGAUGCCAAUGCUUACCCAAAGGACGAUGAAUUUGAGCAACUCUCGAAUUUACUGAACCUUCCAACUCGAGUCAUAGUGGUGUGGUUUCAGAAUGCCCGACAGAAGGCCCGCAAAAAUUACGAGAACCAAGGAGAGGGCAAAGACGGAGAGCGCCGUGAGCUUACAAACGAUAGAUACAUUCGAACGAGCAACUUGAACUACCAGUGCAAAAAAUGUAGCCUGGUGUUUCAGCGUAUCUUCGAUCUCAUCAAGCACCAGAAGAAGCUGUGCUACAAGGACGAGGAUGAGGAGGGGCAGGAUGAUAGCCAAAAUGAAGAUUCCAUGGAUGCCAUGGAAAUCCUGACGCCCACCAGCUCCUCCUGCAGCACCCCCAUGCCCUCGCAGGCUUACAGCGCCCCGGCACCCUCCACCAAUACGGCACCCUCUGCUUUCUUGCAGCUCUCAGCCGAGGCUGACGAACUGGCCACCAUCAAUUCAAAAGCAGAGGUGAGCGAUGAGAAACCAAAGCAGGCUGAACCACCCAGUGCGCAGCCAAACCAAACCCAAGAAAAGCAAGGACAACCAAAGGCAGAGCUGCAGCCGCAAGAGCAGCCUGAGCCGAAGACCAACAUGCCCCAGCAAAAGCUCCCGCAGCUGGCCUCCCCACCUGCCUUACCCCAGCCUCCUCCACAAGCACCCCCUCCUCAGUGUCCCUUACCCCAGUCGAGUCCCAGCCCGUCCCAGCUCUCCCACCUGCCCCUCAAACCCCUCCACACCUCAACUCCUCAACAGCUGGCAAACCUACCUCCUCAGCUAAUCCCCUACCAGUGUGACCAGUGCAAACUGGCCUUUCCAUCGUUUGAGCACUGGCAGGAGCAUCAGCAGCUUCACUUCCUGAGUGCACAGAACCAGUUCAUUCACCCCCAGUUUCUGGACAGGUCGCUGGACAUGCCUUUCAUGCUGUUUGAUCCCAGUAACCCACUCCUGGCCAGCCAGCUGCUCUCUGGGGCCAUACCUCAGAUUCCAGCGAGCUCAGCCACUUCUCCUUCAACUCCAACCUCCACAAUGAACACGCUGAAGAGGAAGCUGGAGGAAAAGGCCAGUGCGAGCCCCGGUGAAAAUGACAGUGGGACAGGAGGAGAGGAGCCUCAGAGAGACAAGCGUCUGAGGACGACGAUUACACCCGAACAGCUCGAAAUUCUCUACCAGAAGUACCUGCUGGACUCCAAUCCGACUCGAAAGAUGUUGGAUCACAUCGCGCAUGAAGUGGGCUUGAAGAAACGUGUGGUGCAAGUCUGGUUUCAGAAUACCCGGGCUCGAGAGAGGAAAGGACAGUUCCGGGCCGUGGGCCCAGCACAGGCCCACAGGAGAUGCCCUUUUUGCAGAGCACUGUUCAAGGCCAAGACUGCCCUCGAGGCUCAUAUCCGGUCCCGUCACUGGCACGAGGCUAAGAGAGCGGGCUACAACCUAACUCUGUCUGCGAUGCUCUUAGACUGUGAUGGGGGACUCCAGAUGAAAGGAGAUAUUUUUGAUGGAACUAGCUUUCCCCACCUACCCCCAAACAGUAGUGACGGUCAGGGUGUCCCCCUCUCACCUGUGAGUAAAACCAUGGAGUUGUCUCCCAGAACUCUCCUUAGCCCUUCCUCCAUCAAGGUGGAGGGGAUCGAAGACUUUGAAAGCCCCUCCAUGUCCUCAGUGAAUCUGAACUUUGACCAAACCAAGCUGGACAACGACGACUGUUCCUCCGUCAACACGGCAAUCACAGACACCACGACAGGAGACGAGGGCAAUGCCGACAACGACAGCGCAACAGGAAUAGCAACGGAAACCAAAUCCUCCUCUGCGCCCAAUGAAGGAUUGACCAAAGCAGCCAUGAUGGCAAUGUCUGAAUACGAAGAUCGGUUGUCAUCUGGUCUGGUCAGCCCAGCCCCAAGCUUUUAUAGCAAGGAAUAUGACAAUGAAGGUACAGUGGACUACAGUGAAACCUCAAGCCUCGCAGACCCCUGCUCCCCAAGUCCUGGAGCGAGCGGGUCUGCAGGCAAAUCUGGUGACAGCGGGGAUCGGCCUGGGCAGAAACGUUUUCGCACUCAGAUGACCAACCUACAGCUUAAGGUCCUCAAGUCAUGCUUUAAUGACUACAGGACACCCACUAUGCUCGAGUGUGAGGUCCUGGGCAAUGACAUUGGACUGCCAAAGAGAGUUGUUCAGGUCUGGUUCCAGAAUGCCCGGGCAAAAGAAAAGAAGUCCAAGUUAAGCAUGGCCAAGCAUUUUGGUAUAAACCAAACAAGUUACGAGGGACCCAAAACAGAGUGCACUUUGUGUGGCAUCAAGUACAGCGCUCGGCUGUCUGUACGUGACCAUAUCUUUUCCCAACAGCAUAUCUCCAAAGUUAAAGACACCAUCGGAAGUCAGUUGGACAAGGAGAAAGAAUACUUUGACCCAGCCACUGUACGCCAGUUGAUGGCUCAACAAGAGUUGGACCGGAUUAAGAAGGCCAAUGAGGUCCUUGGACUGGCAGCUCAGCAGCAAGGGAUGUUUGACAAUGCUCCUCUUCAAGCUCUUAACCUUCCUACAGCAUAUCCAGCGCUCCAGGGCAUUCCUCCUGUGUUGCUCCCGGGCCUCAACAGCCCCUCCUUGCCAGGCUUUACUCCAUCCAACACAGCUUUAACGUCUCCUAAACCGAACUUGAUGGUUCUGCCCAGCACAACAGUUCCUUCCCCCGGACUCCCCACAUCUGGAUUACCAAAUAAACCGUCCUCAGCCUCGCUGAGCUCCCCGACCCCAGCACAAGCCACCAUGGCGAUGGCCCCUCAGCAGCACCCCCAGCAGCAGCAGCCCCAAGUCCAGCAGCCUCCCCCGCCUCCAGCAGUUCAGCCACCACCCACACCCCAGCUCCAGCCGCAGCCGCGCAAGGACAAAGACAGUGAGAAAGUAAAGGAGAAAGAAAAGGCACACAAAGGGAAAGGGGACCCUCUGCCUGUCCCCAAGAAGGAGAAAGGGGAGGCCCCCGCCGCAGCGGCCCCAGUUCCAGCCCCGCUGCCCACCAUGGAGUAUGCGGUGGACCCCGCCCAGCUGCAGGCCCUGCAGGCCGCCUUGACUUCAGACCCCGCAGCGUUGCUCACAAGCCAGUUCCUUCCUUACUUUGUGCCUGGCUUUUCUCCUUACUAUGCCCCCCAGAUCCCUGGCGCCCUGCAGAGCGGGUACCUGCAGCCUAUGUACGGCAUGGAAGGCCUGUUCCCCUACAGCCCUGCGCUGUCGCAGGCCCUGAUGGGGCUGUCCCCCGGCUCCCUACUGCAGCAGUACCAGCAAUACCAGCAGAGUCUGCAGGAGGCGAUCCAGCAGCAGCAGAAAGCGCAGCAGCAGCAGCAGCAGCAGCCCAAAGCAAGCCAAACCCCAGUCCCCCAGGGGGCUGCUUCCCCAGACAAAGACCCUGCCAAAGAAUCCCCCAAACCAGAAGAGCAGAAAAACGCCCCCCGUGAGGUGUCCCCCCUCCUGCCGAAACCCCCCGAAGAGCCAGAAGCAGAAAGCAAAAGUGCGGACUCCCUCUCUGACCCCUUCAUCGUUCCAAAGGUGCAGUACAAGUUGGUCUGCCGCAAGUGCCAGGCGGGCUUCGGCGACGAGGAGGCGGCGAGGAGCCACCUGCAGUCCCUCUGCUUCUUCGGCCAGUCUGUGGCGAACCUGCAAGAGAUGGUGCUCCACGUGCCCACGGGCGGCGGCGGCGGCAGCGGCGGCGGCGGGGGCGGCUCGUACCACUGCCUGGCGUGCGAGAGCGCGCUCUGUGGGGAGGAAGCUCUGAGUCAACAUCUCGAGUCGGCCUUGCACAAACACAGAACAAUCACGAGAGCAGCAAGAAACGCCAAAGAGCACCCUAGUUUAUUACCUCACUCUGCCUGCUUCCCCGAUCCUAGCACCGCAUCUACCUCGCAGUCUGCCGCUCACUCAAACGACAGCCCCCCUCCCCCGUCGGCCGCCGCCCCCUCCUCCGCUUCCCCCCACGCCUCCAGGAAGUCUUGGCCGCAAGUGGUCUCCCGGGCUUCGGCCGCGAAGCCCCCUUCUUUUCCUCCUCUCUCCUCAUCUUCAACGGUUACCUCAAGUUCAUGCAGCACCUCAGGGGUUCAGCCCUCGAUGCCAACAGACGACUAUUCGGAGGAGUCUGACACGGAUCUCAGCCAAAAGUCCGACGGACCGGCGAGCCCGGUGGAGGGUCCCAAAGACCCCAGCUGCCCCAAGGACAGUGGUCUGACCAGUGUAGGAACGGACACCUUCAGAUUGUAAGCUUUGAAGAUGAACAAUACAAAUGAAUUUAAAUAAAAAAUUAAUAACAAACCAAUUUCAAAAAUAGACUAACUGCAAUUCCAAAGCUUCUAACCAAAAAAACACAAAAAACAAACAAAAAAAAAAAACAAAAAUAAAAAUAAAAAAAGGAAAAAAAAGAAAAAGCGUGGGUUGUUUUCCCAUAUACCUAUCUAUGCCGGUGAUUUUACAUUCUUUUCUUUUAAUAUUUAAAAAAAAAAAAACCCUAACCCUGUUACAUUGUGUCCUUUUGAAGGUACUAUUGGUCUGGGAAAGGAAGUCCGCAGGGCCUCCCUAAUGUCUUUGGAGCUUAAACCCCUUGUAUAUUCGCCCCCUUUCAGUAAAUGCCCACGUUGAUAGCACAGAGGAGGCCGGCACGCACUGUAUGGGAAAGCAGUCCACCUGGUUACAGUUUUAAACUUCUUGCUAUCUUAGCAUUCAGAUACCAAUGGCUUGCUAAAAGAAAAAAAGAAAUGUAAUGUCUUUUUAUUCUCAGGUCAAUCGCUCACACUUUGUUCUGUUUCCAGAAUCAUUGUUUUGUAUUUUUUUUUUCAGUUACUUUUUUUUUUUUUUUUUUUUUUUUGGUUCCAGAAAAAUUUUUCUUGUUAAUUUAAAAAUGGGCAGAAAGUAUUUGAGAAAAACAAUGUGAACUGCUUUAGCUUUCUGGGGAUUUUAAAGGAUAGCUUUUCUGCUGAAGCCAGUUUCAAGGGGAAAAGUUAAGCACUCCCACUUUCAGAAGAAAUAACCCACACACACAACGAGUGUUGAGGACUUGUAGCUUAAAAAAGUAAGUUUUAAAAACUGACUUUCUGUAUUUAUGAUAGAUAUGACCAUUUUUGAUGUUGAGUAGAUUGUUGCAUUGGAAAUGAACUGAAGCAGUAUGGUAGAUUUAAAAGGAAAAAAAAAAACCUUUUGUGUACAUUUAGCUUUUUGUAUGGUCCAGCUGACAGCUCCUCAUUUGAUGUUGUCUUGUUCAUUCCUAGCAGAUAGAUUGCAAUCCAUUGAUUCGCCUAAGCUUUUCUCCCUUAAUUCCCCUCUCUCUUUCCUUCUCCCACCUCCCAUCCUAUAAUCUCCCCUUUUGGUAGCUGCCUUCAUUUCUUAGAGGGUAGCUGCAAAAUUAUUUUAUAAAACAAAAAAAAGAAUUUCAAAGGAUUCUAGGGGUCAAUAGGAUCCUCACAAGAUUAUUUUUGGUUGGGGAGUUGAAACUUUUUAAAGGCAUACUUCUAGUUACCUAUGUCUGCUAGCCUUGUGUGUUUACUUUUUAUUUAUCCUUCCUUUGGCCUUUCUCUGUGUCCCUUCUUUCCUUCUGUUUGGUAGACACUUCAAGUAUUCUUUUCCUAAGAACGGCAAGCUAGAGCAUUUGUUUCAUUUUGUGUAAUUGGGCCAUGUACUUUUCUAAAAAAGUGUUUGGUUAGGGGUUUGGUUUUUGUUUUGUGUUUUUCUUUCCUCUCUCAGAAAAAGAAAUUUCAUGCUUUAAAUAAAAUCCAAAGACACACCCUUUCGCUGCUGAUGCAGGAAAAAGGGAAAGGGUUCUUGUUACUUGAGAAUUUGUUUCUGAUUUAAACAAACAAGACUUAGUUUGAUAAAACAAAGAGUAAAACAGAAGAUUCCCAGGUUGUUGUGUGCCUCUUCUGCAAGCAGAGAGGCAACUACUAAUGACAAUUCCACAUACCAAAAGACACAUUUUUUACUUCAAAGUUUUGUCCUUGUGUUAGGCAGUCUGAGCGGCGAGUGAUCCAGAGCACAGCCAACAAAGAAGCAGAUAGCAAUGGACAGAAAGCAAAAAAGGAACCGUAUGCGAGGCACUUGUGUUUAUGUCGAUAUCCUGGAACACACACCACCACAUCACAGACACCCUUUCUCAUCUUUAAAAACAAACAAACAAACAAACAAACCAGUCUGAACUUUGAAAACUUCGUGCUGCUAAAACGUAGAUUUUGGAAAUAGAUGCUUUGCUGUUUCACUUUCAUAGCCAAACGUCAACUGAAACAAUUCCCCCUUGCCCCGGAAGUGUGAAAUCCUUCUCCCCUCCAUUCUCUUCCUUAGGUUUCAAAGGGAACUUUGAAGACUGUGAAUACAGGUUCCAUUGGUCACCUUUCCGGCUUCUUUCCCCAGUGCUGAAGCCACUCAUCGACUUUGCAAAAAGACUGGAGCAUUCCAAGAUCUGAAAAUGGAUUUCUUUUUUUCUUUUUUCUUUUUUUAGCCGGGACUAUUUUAUUUUUAUGAAUUUGUUUUUAGUUUAAUGAAGUAGAUCCUGAACUGUUGUACAUAUUUCUAACUAGGCUGAUGCACAGUGCAAAUUUUUUAAUUUUUUUUAAGUAGAAAUACUAAAGAAUACCAUCUAACUACUCAUACCAGUAUCGAGUUGUAGCAUAAGGUGUCAAAAACAAGUACGCAAAACAUUCACGGUUUUAACAAGCUAUUUGCUUUUAACCAGAAUUCUUGUAUUUUCUCCCUGUGUUUGAGAUGAACAUUUUUAAAUUUUAAAGUUGUACAGUUUUUUGUUUUCCAUUAUUUUAUCUUGUUUGUAACUCUAUGAAAUAUAUAUAUAUAUUUUUUGCCAUUUAACUGUUGUAUGUUACUCUGUGUCUGUAUCAUAUAGAAGCAAAGUUGUUUUGUUUUUGGUUCUCUUUGUGAUACCAGUUAACAAUUUAACACUAGCUUUACCUGUCAUUCUGCUAGAUCUUCUCUGAAAACUUUGUUUUUAAAAACAAUGAUAUUGCUUGGUAAUAGUGCAAUUUCUAUCCCUUUCCUUUCCCCUCACCCAACGUUAAGUUUCUUCCUUUGUAACUGUGCCAUCCCCUCCCCAGUGGUUUUAGUGUUGUGUUGUUUUUGUUUCUGUUUUUGAGCUACUAUGCCAUCCUCCCUCUGUGAGGCAGAGUGACUGUCAGUGUUUUGUUAUGCCAUGCCUUGACCGUGGGUGUGUUUGGCAACAAUGAGGUGGUUGGGUGCAUAGGCUAAGCUUGUGUCCACCCACUAGUGUUCCCCAGAGGGUGACUGUUUCAACCUGGAGUGGGUUGCACACUUUCCAAUUGUCCUGUCUACCUGUAGGUUCAUUCAAAAAACAAAAUAUAAUUCUCAGCACUAACCCAGAAGUAGCAAAGCAGCCAGAGAUGUUGAAAAAUAAGAGGUCAAAUAUGAGCUAGUCAGAUUGUGGGCUGAUAUCCACCUUGGCUAUGACUGGUAUCAUUCACAAAGCAUGAGUUUACUACAAGGCUCAACGGUUUAGACUGAUCUCACUCGGGGAAUUUACUCCUGUCUGCUAUACAGUAGGUAGUUGAACAGGAUCUCUCAACUCACUUUUUAACUGAGUUCUUCACCUCCACUUUUUUUUGCCCCCUAGUAUUCUACAGUGUGGGUUGGUGCUGGACACAGUUCUGUCACAGCACCAAACUGAUCCACCAAAUCGGAGUUAUUUCACCCAUCCUUCCAAAAAGAAACUUAAGAAAGGUAAAACACGCACACACACGGAAGAGUUUAGUACACCAAGGAAGGGUUUUUGUUUUUUUUUUUUUUUUAAAUUAAAAGCUAUUUAAAUAGAUGAAUGUGGCCAAAGUUUUACACGAUUGAAGAUAAAGUAAAACAGACGGCAUGUGUUUAAACCUGAGUUUAUCAGGCAUGGCAGGAAAGUUUCAGGAGAGAGAGGCAGUGACCCAAGCCAGUGCACUUGAUGUUCAUGGACAUAUAUUUUUUUUAAAUAAAUUAAAUUAAAACAUUUAAAAUAGAAGCAUAAAUUGAGUUGGCUGUUUGUUGGCGCUGAGAUACUGCCCACUGUGAAACAAAGCUUUGACUAGUUUUUUUUGUUUGUUUGUUUACUUUCUUCAGGGGGGAGGGGGGCAAGUUUGGGUAGGAAAGAAAGCAUAAAUGAACGUGACCCUGAGGUGAAGAGGUAUAUGAACAGCCUUUGCAAUGUACAAAAAAAAAAAAAAAAAAAAAACCACAAAAAUAAAACAAAAAACAAAACAAAAAAAACAAAACAAAACAAAAAAGAAAAAAAAACAAAAAAAAAAUAGAGCAAGUGAAACCAAAAAUGAUGUUCUUGGUGUUUUUCUAUAAUGUAGUCUUGUUAGCUUUUUUGUUACUGUAACAAUGCUGAUCUUGAACUGUACCAAAAUACAUGGAGACUAACAGAACCACAUGGAACUUUCAAACUGAAAAAAAUUUGUCACAAAAACUUUGUUGUCAUAGUUAAGUUGAUUGUAGAUGGUAAUUGAAUAUACUCCUUUGAAAAUAUUUCAUCAAGUAUGUUUCUUGCUCAUUGUGAUACAUUAAAAAAAUAUGAGCAAAAGUUCUUGUCUCUGU